GUAUAGAAAGUUCAUAGCAAAAUAAACAUCUCAGUAUAAUAACCCUUUUUUUUUCUCCCAGAGACACCCUUGAAACUUUUCAAAAUAUAUUUUUUGUUAAAAAACUUAUUUAUAUCACUAGUUCUGUAAAUCUUCCAUCGUUGUUUAUAAUUGCCUUCAAUUUGUGUAAUAAAAUGCACAUUUGUUUUGAUCUGGCUGUUGGUUUGUAGUUGAAAGUCAAGCUAGAAGUGCGCGAUGUAUCUGUUGGUUUUUGCCGUUGUAUUUUUGAUAGUUUUCUAUGUUUGGUAUAAAGGCUCUUACUGGCACAGACGUGGGGUACCUGGACCUAGAGGGUGGCCCAUAGUUGGGAAUAUUAUUGAACAUUUCUUGGGGAAGAAGACUUUGGGACAAGUUUACUUGGAUAUAUACAGAAAAUACGAAGAUUAUCCUUUCGUGGGCAUUUUCAAAGCCAACACUCCCUGUUUGCUAGUAAGAGACCCGGAACUAUCCCACAGGAUCCUUGUUAAGGACUUCAAGUUCUUCCAGAAUAAUGAGAUCCAGGUUAACAAAGAGGUCGAUGUCCUUUUCGGACAUAACCCUUUCGUUUUGCGCGGGAAAGAAUGGAAGGACACCAGACAAAUGCUGACACCUGGUUUGACAAGCGGCAGGUUGAAACACAUUUUUCCACUAAUAAGUAACGUAGCCAAAAGAUUCGUCGAAUACAUCGAAAACCACCCCACAGCUACCACAGAUGGCAUAGAAACCAGACUCCUAACCAAGCGCUUUACUUUGGACAACGUUGCCAAAACCGCCUUCGGCAUCGACGGCAAAGCCUUUGACAGUUAUGACAAACUGUCAGAUUUCAUGGAGCUGGCAGACUCUUUUUUAACACCCGGAUCAUCCCACGCUAUCAUCCUGCAACUUGGGCAGGUGUUUCCAUCGUUACUAAACAUGUUUUCUAUCAAAAUUAUAAGCCAGAACGUCGAAGACAAGAUAAUAGCCAUCAUAUCGGACGUCAAAAAGUACCGUGAAACUCACAAUGACGUCUACAAAGAUUACCUUCAAUUCCUGAUAGACUUAGCCAAAGAGCACAAGUUUACUGAUACGGAUGUCACAGCUCACGCCAGUACAUUCUUCCUGGACGGGUACUUCACCUCCUCACUGAUCCUCACUUUCAAUCUGUUGUGCCUGGCCCAAAACCCGGAGUACCAGCAAAAAAUCAGGGAGGAAAUUAAGGAAACCGAAGAGAAAAAUAAGGGAGAAAUUCCCUACGAGGCUUUACCAGAGAUGGUGUGGCUUGACGCGUGUUUUUAUGAAUCUUUUCGUAAAUAUCCUAUGAUAGAAAUGUUGAUGAAACUUUGCACUGAGCCUUACGAAUACACCUGUGAAGAUCCGGAUUUGAAAAACAUGACGAUGAAGUUCAAAAAAGGAGACCAUAUCAUAAUACCUUACGGAAUGUUGUGCCAGGAUCCAAAAUACUUCAAGGAUCCAGAAAAGUACUAUCCAGAAAGAAUGAUGGAGAAAGAUGGAGCACUUAAUAAAUUGUUCUUUCCAUUUGGAAAUGGACCAAGAAUUUGCAUAGGUCAGAGACUUGGAAUUCUGCAAAUUAAACUUGGACUAGUUUAUCUGAUCAAAAACUUCGAGAUAACAACCAGCCCGAAGUUGCAGCAGCCAAUUUCAUACUGUGCAUUCAAUUUUAUGAACGAAGUCCAGGGAGGCGUUUGGCUGAAAUACAAAAAAAUCUAAUAUUAAACGUGUAAGUUUUGUUGUAUCUAA